ACGAUGUUGAUAAUCACAACUUCCUCCGCAAAGAUGGAUAUUUCAGAAUUGCAAGAGGUUGAGAUACAAAGACACUUGGAACUAAUCAACAAACCUGCUGUUAAAUCUAUCAAAAGUCCAGAUGGAGAUAUAAUAGAUUGUGUUCAUAUUACCAAUCAACCCGCUUUCGAUCACCCUUUAUUAAAGAACCACACUAUUCAGAUGAGGCCAAGUUUUCUCCAAGAAGAUCCUUCCUCAAAAACUGGUGGCAUAGCUCAGGUAUGGCAUAAGAACGGAGAAUGUCCAGAGAGCACCGUUCCAGUAAGGAGAACAACAAGAGAAGACCUCUUACGUUGGGGUUCCAUAAAAAAUUACGGAAAAAAAGAUACAAAUUAUAGCAGCCAUGGAUCUCGAUUUCACCCAACUCAAAAAGAUUCCUUGGAAAAACGUGAGUAUGCCAUGUUGAUAGUGGAGAAUGGAGGUUACCAAGGAAGCGAGGCCUGGAUGACUGUGUGGAAACCAUUUGUUGAACAGGAUGAUGAAAUAAGUGCGAGCCAGAUGUGGAUUUUUAGCAUGAAUGAAGAGGGGCGCGCAGUUGAUGCGAUGGAAGCGGGUUGGCAGGUAAAUCCAGUAGUGUACGGCGAUAAAAACACGAGACUCUUUAUUUAUUGGACUGUAAGUUUCAUCUAA